CUCGACAGAGCUGCUCACCGGAGUGACAUCGAGAGCGUAGUUCCCGUGCCCACGUUGCUGUCAGGACAGUCGACAUGGAAGCGAUCAGCUGUGGAACAGAGCCAGUGGACUCGACAUCGACGAGCAGUUUAUGUUUAUCCGAAGAGGCGAUACGUUUCGAUCCAGCCUCGGCCGUGUCGAGAGUGUUCUUCGACAAUGCCAACGAGCAAUUGUUCUCGAUCAGAUCCGGUGGGGUCACAGGAGUUGUCGUCAAAGGACCGAACGAAGACAGGAGCUGCUCCUUCACCAUGGAUGACAAAGGUGAAAUUCUCUCCGUGAAAUUGUGUCCGGAUCAGAGUGUGAUGGCAAUCCAGAGAUCUCGGAAGAGCGUCGAGUUCAUGAACAGUCCACAGUUUCCCGAAUGGAACCGAGGCGAGUACAGUCAGGCCUGCAAAGCGAAGUCGGCGAGCAUAAUUGGUUUCGCAUGGACGGGCUUCGGAACCGAUAUCAUCUUCGUCACCGAUCAGAGCGUGGAAUUCUACGAAGUCCAACCGGCGCGGAAAUGCCUCCGAUACAUCAAACUCUACUCGAUGCAAGUUAAUUGGUUCAUCUACCAGCCGAUCACGAAUUAUCUGUUGGUUUCCUCCGGGAUUCUCGGUAAUGUGCUCCAUCCUAUAUACUUUUCGGGACAAGGAAUGUGCACCCGUCAUUCGAAAUUCGAAGUGGACCUCCCCGUGGUUCCCAAACCCCCGAAACUCUGUCUUCUCGAUAGAGAUGUCAGCUUGUGUAGAAUAUAUGGGAAGUCAAGGGUCGUCGUUCUGCGUCACAAGGGGAACACGUCGAGUUCUCGAAGCGGUGCCGCGGAAAUCGUUGUCUACACCAUCGAUGGUGCCACGCCGCCUCGGAAAACCAACAUCCUGAAACUCGAAGUCUCUGGUCGUUUCGCUAUAAAUCUCAUUGAUAACUUGAUCAUCGUCCACCACCAGAGCUCGAAAACCAGUCAAAUCUUCGAUAUAGGCCUCGAAGGCCACCAGGAGACGAAUAUCGUUUACCAUUCACCGAUCGUCGCCCCUGAGGUCAUCGGAUGCAAGGGCGAUUUCGAGCUGUACUCCGCCAACUGGGUCGUCUUCCAACCGAAUAUCAUCAUCGACGCGAAAAUCGGUCUCCUAUGGCGCUUGACACUCAAUCCAGAGCGCCUAAGUCAUCUGAUAAGGCCUGCGGAGAGGCUCAUCGAUUUUCUGUUGUUGCGGAAGAAUUGUCAGAAAAUUAUCCUUCAGAGCAUGAAGCGCAUUGUUGCCGAGGAGACUCCGCUAAAAACGAUCGCCACAAUCAUGGGAAAAAUCGCUCAUAUCGAACGUAUCUCUGAAAAACUGGUAUCGGAAGUGUUCGAACCGCUGAGCGACGAAGUCGACAAGUCCUAUCUUUUUGGGGUAUUCGUUGAGCACAUCCGGACCAAAGACACAAUCUGUGAUAAUCUCCGAGACGCAAUGGUCGCGAACUUGGUGGAUCAGAACAAAUUCUACCAACUUCACCAGUUCCUGCAGUACCACAUCCUGGGCGAUUCAAAACCCAUCGCGUGUCAACUUCUGGACCUUGCACCGCGGUACACACCCGCUCAGCAGCUAGCUCUGGACAUGCUGUACCGUUUAGGGUCGACUCACGAGGAAACCAUCGAGACCCUAUUGAACAAUGGCAAAGUCAUCUCAGCUUUAAAAGUAGUACAAGCCCAAGGAAAUCAGGAUACGGUAUCCGCGCGGAAAUUCCUCGAGGCUGCGAAACAAACCAACGAUCCAUCCAUAUUCUAUUCGGUCUAUAGAUUCUUCGUACAACGAAACAUCACUUUGAGGAACAGCGCGCUGUUCCCGAAGGGCGAAAUGUGCCAACAGUACGUAGCUCACUACAAAACCCUUUUUGGUGACUGUCUUGAAAUGUUGGCGGCAGAACGCAAUGAGGUGUAAUCUGUUUCAAGUAAAAGCGAUCUUUGAUAAGUUGUCUCGAAUCGAUUCGAUUCCCGUCCAUCCGAGAAGAGGCGUUUGUCAUCAGGAGACUGCUUAGAGAUCUAAUGAAGUUUGGUACUUCGGAAAG